AAAAAGCAGUGGCUUGAAAAAAAGUAGCAAAAAACGAGAGAAAUAAAGAAAUUAAAUGCGUGGAUAGCAAAUGAAAGAAUAAAAAAAAUACGAAAAAACUAAAGUAAAUCGCUUUGUAAUGUUUAUUACAAAAAAAUAAUAAAGAAAAGACAUUGGCAUUGCAAAAAAAUCAAAUAAAAAAUUAUAUAUACAUACAUGCAUACAUACACAUAUAAUUAAUGCAAAAGGAAGCAGCAAUAACAACUAUUUAAAAAUUCCAAGAAUAGCUGAGAAUGAACUUUUGAAAUAAUUAAAAUAAAAACGAAACGCAUUAAAUUAAGACGCAGCAGAACAAGCAAAAGAUAGCAGCAAUAUUUUAGAUUUUUUUCUAUACAAUAAACAUACUUAGAUAAUAGGAACAAUUUUGCAAACAAUUGCCUAACUAAAGGUAAGAAAAAUUGUAGAAACAUGUGGAAUUCAGAAGUACGACAGCAGCAAAACGGUGUUACUACCUCAUCCUCCAACUCAAUACUCAAUUCUUCUAGCCAAAAUUCACAAAACAAUGGCAGCAAUGGUUCUUCACGCAACUCUACACAGCAGCAGCAGCCCGCCAAACAGUUGGGCAUGACUUCGGCCAUAAGUUUGGCCUGUCCCCGACCCGAAGACGUACAAAAAUCUGACGAGCUGCGCAAGGCCUUGGAGCCCUAUAAGGUUUUCGAAACGGAAGAGGAAUUGAAUCAUCGCAUGGAAAUACUUGCCAAACUCAAUACUCUUGUCAAACAGUGGGUCAAAGAGAUAUCACUGUCCAAGAAUAUGCCUGAAGUGGCCGCCCAAAAGCUGGGUGGUAAAAUCUAUACAUUCGGUUCAUAUCGUUUGGGUGUACACCACAAAGGUGCUGAUAUUGACGCAUUGUGUGUGGCACCACGCAAUAUAGAACGUGCCGAUUAUUUUACAUCAUUCUUUGAGCUGUUGAAAAAACAACCGGAGGUAACCGAAUGCCGUGCCGUUGAGGAGGCGUUUGUACCGGUUAUAAAAAUGAAUUUCGAUGGCAUCGAAAUUGAUUUACUAUUUGCUCGUUUAUCUCUCAAAGAGAUACCGGACGAUUUUGAUUUGCGCGACGACAACCUAUUGAAAAACUUGGAUCCACGUUCGGUGCGCAGUUUGAACGGCUGUCGCGUAACAGAUGAAAUAUUGUCGUUAGUACCGAAUAUAGAGAAUUUUCGUUUAGCAUUGCGUUCCAUAAAGUUGUGGGCUAAAAAACAUGGCAUCUAUUCAAAUUCAUUGGGUUACUUUGGUGGUGUAACCUGGGCUAUGUUAGUGGCACGUACCUGCCAAUUGUAUCCAAAUGCUACAGCCUCCACAUUGGUACAUAAAUUCUUUUUGGUUUUCUCGCGUUGGAAGUGGCCCAACCCCGUCUUGCUAAAACAUCCAGACAAUGUUAAUUUAAGAUUUCCGGUAUGGGAUCCCCGUGUUAACGCUUCAGAUCGUUAUCAUUUAAUGCCGAUUAUAACGCCGGCCUAUCCACAACAAAAUUCCACAUUUAACGUUUCGGAAUCCACGAAAAAAGUUAUAUUAAUGGAAUUCAAUAGAGGCAUGUCAACAACAGAUGAAAUAAUGUUGGGCAGAGCUUCGUGGGAUAGAUUAUUUGAGGCUCCCAGUUUCUUUUAUAGAUAUCGCCACUUUAUUGUUUUAUUGGUUAACUCACAAACCGCUGACGAUCAUUUGGAAUGGUGCGGUUUGGUUGAGUCUAAAAUUCGUCUCUUGAUUGGCAACUUGGAGCGCAAUCAACACAUUUCUUUGGCCCAUGUCAAUCCCAAGUGUUUUGACCACAAGAAGGGCAACAAUAAUAAUUCUUGUUCACAAAAUAGCAGCAGCGGCAAUGAAGAUGAUAAAUCUCAAAAUCCUGCUACGACAGCAGGUGCUGCUGUUGCCGGACAAGCAACACUGACCGCAUCGCCAUAUUGUUCGAUGUGGUUUAUCGGUUUGGAAUUUGAGCGCACGGAAAAUCUGAAUGUUGAUUUAACCGAAAGUAUACAGAAUUUUACAGAGCAUGUAAUACAACAUGGUGUCAACAUAAAAAUGUUAAAGGAAGGCAUGUCCAUAGAAGCCCGUCACGUGAAACGCAAACAGUUGUCACAGUAUUUGGAUGCUGACUUCUUGAAACGUGAACGUAAAUCCAUGGACAGUCACAAUACUUUCAGUAAUGCAAUUAUAGCCAAUCGCAAAAGGCUGUCAACUGAAAUGCAACAGAAAGAAAGCAGCAAUGGCAGCACUGUCAAGCGGUCUCGUGUCAGUGAAUCGCAGGAGGAAAAUUCAAAUGCUUCCAGUGAUGCCGGUGGUAGUGGUGGUGGUGGUGGUGUUGGCGGUAAUACUACACCCACAACACCCACCUCACAACCACAAACGGCACCAACAUUUAAUAACAAGCAACAAACGACGCCCCAACCAGAUGAUGUUUCGGAUAAUAGUAAUGGCGGUAAUAGCAACAGCAAUACGGCUUCAACACAACCCACAGCUGAAGUGGCAUGCUCGUGACCGCCGCC